AUGGAAGGACAAAUUCCGUUUCGGUCAUGCAACCUGAAAUUCGCAAACAAAGACGAUGGUAGAUUUACAUAUACGAGUACUGAACAGAAGCGCGUCGAGACCAUGGUGUCCGAUUUUUACUAUAAUUUAAUUGUCGAACCCUUCGAGACUACAAAUGAUGAGGAAAUGGCCCAUUUAACACUAAACCGAAGCAAACACACCGCAUACUUGCUUAAAUAUCUGGAGAAAUCUCCAGCAUGCUAUGCAACACUAGAUGCCAGUCGAGCUUGGAUGUGCUAUUGGGCAAUUCACUCAUUGAAAAUCAUUGAAGCCGAAAUCAGCGAUAAAGUUGCUCAAAAUGUUAUCGCAUUUUUAAAGUCUUGCGAGCACGAGGAAGGAGGUUAUGGAGGAGGACCAGGACAGUACGCUCAUCUAGCGCCAACGUACGCCGCCGUCAUGUGCUUAGUAUCUCUGGAAAGAGAGGAUGCGCUUGCUUCGAUUAAUUUGACAACCCUUUUUGCAUUUUUGAAGCGAAUGAAACAAAACGACGGCGGUUUCACAAUGCAUGAUGGUGGAGAGGUUGACAUGAGAAGUGUUUAUUGCGCAUUGGCGGUAUGUGAGAUUCUUCAUCUACCAUUGGAAGAGCUUCGUGAAGGCGUUGCUGAAUGGAUUAUCAGUUGCCAGUCAUAUGAAGGCGGAUUUGGUGGCGAGCCAUUUACGGAAGCUCAUGGAGGAUACACGUUUUGCGCUGUUGCCUCGUUAGUGAUGCUUGGCAGAUUCCGAUUGGUUGAUGUUGAGAGCCUUCUUCGCUGGGCUGCUCGUCGCCAAAUGAAAUUCGAAGGCGGUUUCCAAGGAAGAACGAAUAAGCUUGUUGAUGGUUGCUACAGUUUCUGGCAAGGCGGAAUUUUCCCAUUACUUGAUGGUGAAAUGGAAAGAGAAGGAAAAUCCUUCGACAAGGGACUUUUUGAGUCACGAAUGCUCGAAGAGUACAUUUUCGCCGCAUGUCAAGGCGGAAAUGGUGGAUUUCGGGACAAACCGGACAAAUCGGUCGAUUUAUACCACACGUGCUAUGUGUUGAGCGGAUUGUCGAUUGCGCAACAAUAUUCGUUAAAAAGAGAAGGAAAUGUUCUCGGUGGUGAUGUCAACAUUGUGGCACCCAUCAAUGCCGUGUUCAAUAUUGUUACGAGCGCUGAGAAAUUCGCCAACAAAUACUUCGAAUCAUUAAACUGA